AUGGAGAAGGGUGGUAUCCAUACACCGGACAGACCAAGGGCUAUCGCCGCCUCUGAGAUAUUCUCUGGAGGUCUGAGGUCUAUUCUGCUGAAUUAUACACCAAGGUGGAGAACUUUGAGUAGGGCAUUCCGUGCGCACUUAAAGACCAAUAAGGCAGCGGCAUAUGAACCUAUACAGCUCCGUCACGUGAAGAAACUGAUUCUUAAUGUCCUUGACCAGCCGAAGAAGUUUACAGAAUAUGCAGCAUCUGUGAUUCUUACUCUGACCUACGGGAAAACGACACCUACGACAUUCGAUGAUCCUGAUCUUCAACAAAUGACUCGAGAGGCAAAACGGCUUCGAAUGACAAAUAGCCCAGGAGCUUACCUUGUGGAUACGUUUCCCGUUCUUCGAUGGGUUCCUGGGUAUCUUGCGGAGCUUAAGAGGUGGCAUCAAGAUUCGCUUGCGUUAUGUCGUAGGUGUUUGGGGUAUGUUCGGACUAGGAUGGAUGCUGGGGAAGAGGUACCGGCUUGUUUUGGGAAGGAUAUCUUGGAUAAUAAGAAGCUGUCGUUUGACCAAGCGGCGUAUCAUGCUGGUUCGAUGUUUUGGGGCAGGAUUGAAUACACCGGGUCUGCAAUAAUCUUCGUUAUCAUGGCAGCUGCCUGCUUUCCUCAUUCUGCGAAAGUUGUACAAAGAGAAAUCGAUGAAGUGAUUCCUCGCGAUCGAUGUCCGACGUUUGAGGAUAGGGAGCGCCUCCCCCAGGUCAUGGCGUUUGUCUUCGAAUGUUUUAGGUGGCGACCGUUGUUCCCAAGUGGAAUUGCACAUGCCGCUUCUCCGGAUUUUAUUUGGCAAGGCUAUGUGAUUCCCAAAGGUGCCACUAUUAUCGCAUCGCCUUGGUCCAUAUUCCGUACUCCUGAUGUCUUUCCCAACCCCGAAGUGUUUGAUCCUCAAAGAUGGAUCCUCGACGGUAAAUUGAGGGACGAUAUCAAGCAAUCUGUUUUUGGAUUUGGUCGGAGAGUUUGUCCGGGAUCACGCGUUGCGAAUAGGUCGCUGUUCAUUAAUACGGCGCUUCUUUUAUGGGCUUUUAAUAUUGUUGCCAAUGAGAAGAUUGACUCGAUGGCGUUUGCUGAUGAACUGGGGAUGCAUCCUGGAAGUUUUGGGGUACGCUUUGAUCUGCGGCUGGGGAAAGAGAAAGAGGCUUGGGUCAGGUCGUUGAUGGUCGACUGA